GGCAGUCAAUUUAGACAGAAAUGGGUCGGGCCAUGUGCAACCGCAAUCGCAGCUGCUGCAACCCCCUACACCCUACGGGCUGAAACACACCAAACGCGUUUCUAAAAACGCCGGGCAAACCAGCCUGCUGUGCCUGUAGCUGUUUUGUCCGCCGCACUUUACCAAGAUGUUUUUGAAGCGUCUGCGGUUUUAAAAACGCGUUUGGUGUGUUUCAGCCUGAGUGCCCUCAGUACAUCGAGCUGCCUGUUUUGUUUUUAAAGUUACAGAAUUCUCACGCUGAAGCGCUCAAAAGGCACUAAAGAAUGCGAAGUCAGGUGUGAACACGGCCUUUUGCUGUUGGCAGGUGCUUACAGAUCUAAAGGUUAGGCUAGACUACGUCUUUCUGAAUGAAUUUGUAUUUUUGCUCAGCAUUCGUUUGCACUUGGCUGUUGUCUACUGUCGAUGCUGCUGAUUGGCUGCUUGCUGGCAUGCCCUUCCUUUUGGCAGUGUCCCAACAUAUAUUAGAUGCCAGAUGAACAAGCAAACCCCAAUUGGGCUUGAAUACAGUCAAAGACAGAAGCAUCUUCAUUGCCAAUAUUGCUUCAUUGCAUUUGUCACGUCGGUCCCUGGAUCAGAAUUAUAGUUUACCUGCCCCUUGACAGUUUGCGCCUUGACACCUUGCAGGUCUCUACUUUUACCAACAAAAUCUCUUCUCGGACUUAUGGAAAAGACAGGGGGAAAGCAGUCUAACAGGUUAUUCCUCAUGAGUAUGAGACAUUUCAGAAAGACAUGGGUGAGGUUUCUGCUCCUCUCAGGCGUGUCCCUCUGCCUUGUGCUGUUCGCACCCACCCUUCACAAACGCCUCGUUGGGAUUAAGGACUGUCAGACUCUUCCUUCUGCGCUGUCUAGUGCCACAAAUAUCUCCAGACGUCCCCCCACACACUGCUCGUGCAAAGGGGCCUUACUGAAGGAUUUCUUCAAGAACGACAACGAUACUGUCAGGAGACGACAGGAAGAGUACAGAAAGCAUAAGGCCAGAACAUCAUCCAGUCUCGACCUGCUUCUUGUGGCUCCUGCCAAUUCGCCACUUCAAUACCCCAUACAGGGAUUUACUGUUGUGCCUCUCCAGAGGACUCUGAUACCUGGUCUAGGUGUCUAUGCCCCACACAGGGACAUAUAUAAGGUGUCACUAGUGGCCUCCCGAGGCCUGCUGUCUGUGGAGGAGCCGGGCACGGAUGGGCUGGUGGAGGGAGACGGAGGCAACCAGCUCAACAUCACCGCCCUCAGUGCCUCUGGCCUCAAUGCCCUUCUGGGCAGAGUGCACUACACCAGCACGGUGUACCGCCUCAGAACGGGCGACCUGGUGCAUUUCCUGUUUGAGAAACACAAUGUCACCUUUCCUGUAGACAUCUGGCAACCCUCCGUGCCCAUCAUAUUUGAUCUAGGGGAAGAUAUAAACUCACAGGUGACCAUCACCACCAAGACCUUCCUGAGGUACUUCGAGCUGAACACCAUGAUCUCCAGCAUCCGCCAGUACUAUAAGACCAUGAAGAUAAUCAUCGCUGAUGACAGCUUUGACCCCAUCAAAGUGAAUGGCUCUGACAUUGAACAGUACUUCAUGCCUCCCGGACAGGGAUGGUUUGCAGGAAGGACACUGGCUGUGUCUCAGGUCACCACUAAGUACUUCCUCUGGGUGGACGAUGACUUCUACUUCACAGAGAAAACCCAGAUAGAGAAGCUGGUGGAGGUCAUGGAGAGCAUGCCCGAGCUGGACAUGGUGAGUGCUGGAGUAGGGCGGAGCGGGUUCAGUUACCGGAUGACAUACGAGGAAGGGCAGGAAGAUGAGGGGGGCUGCCUGCUCCGGUUCCGUGGACCCUACAAGGAGACGGUGCCUGGUUUCCCUCAGUGUUCCCUCAGCAACGUGGUCAUCAACUUCUUCCUUGCACGGACGGACUCGGUGCGGAAGGUGCUAUUUGAUCCCCGGCUCAAGAGGGCAGCCCACUCACAGUUCUUUGUGGAUGCUGUUGGGAAACUACUGAUAGCGUCAUGCAACCACAUCACCGUUGACCAUCAGAGCAAGAGGCCAGGGAACGAACAAUACCAUUCCUUCAGGAAGCAGAGUGAAAACCAUCAGAACUAUCUCCUGUACUUCUUUAAGAACCACUUCAGCUGCAUUAACCUAAAAGCUGACUAGCUGGUAGUUCACAGGAUUUUUAAACAAGACAACUUGACAGCCACGAUGGCUGUCGAAUCUGAAGUGGAUCUGUGCCAGGGAUGUGUCGACAGAUAUGAGGUUAUGGGAAUUCAAUCAUGUUUCAUUUUGGAUUGUACAUAAUUGUGUUUGUUUUUUUCAUAACAGCAUACUGAGAUCUUGUGUUCAGACCGUUCAUCUUCAUUUUUGUUCUCACUUUCUAAAUCUACUAGAAUUUCUUCACAAUUCUCAACCAGUCUAACCAUAUUAGCCUUACUAGUACAUUUUAAGGUCACCAGGACCCAGACAGGGCAAAAUAGAGAGCUUAACAAAUGUAUUUUCAUUUUAUUUAUAUUUAACUUCAUUGAAUACUGUUUUAAUCUCUCCCCCCCCCCAUUUGAAAAGAUGAUGACAAAAAUGAACCAUUUUCAAAAGAAAACACUUAGUUUUCAAGCAUGUGAGUCCAAACAUCGGAAGAACAAUGGCCGUGUCAAGCUCGGGAAGCUGGUUGGUUUUUAAAUAAAUCAGAACAUUUCCUGAGAGUCCUUGAGUUGCUUUCAGGGUUACCAGUUCUCAACAAUAAGCACUCC